CUUGCAGGGUGUCUUGUGCUAAACUUCACCAAAUAAUAGCUGUUUGUAUUUUGGCUGCAGCAGUGGCCAUUUUAGGUGAAACAAAGGACAUUUUAUGAUAAUGAAAAUAAAGAAGCAAGAGCAACAGUUGAACAGUAAAUUCCCGCUGGCCACGCGGAUUGCUGUUGCAUCACUGCAGUCGCUAGGAACCCCGAGAACUCUGGCUGCAUAGAGGAAAAGAAACCGGAAAGCAGUGUCUUUUGGGAGUAGCAAGGAUUUUAAAAUGAAGCUCCCCAAGCUGAAAGCGCUUAGCUACUCACCAAUGUCCAGUGCCUCGAUAUCCUGCGAACAUGCUGUGCUGACUCCUUAUUCGGACUCCAGUACCCAGGAUUUUCACCCAGUAACACUUCUUGAUACCCCCACCCGGCUCCUGGCUGAUAAUGACUUGUACACGGGUGGCGGGGAUGAUACCUGUGAUCUUAACUCUCUGACUAAUCUUAAUGGUAUGGAGGACAGUGGAGGGGGUGGGACGGGAGUAAAGAAGAAACGUAAAAAAAAGGAGCUUGGAGAGGAGAAGGCGGUCAAACCAAAGAAGAAGAAGGAGCCCAAGAAAGUCAAAGAGCCUAAAAAAGCCAAGGAGCCAAAAGAGCCCAAGGAACCCAAGCAGCCGAAGAUCCCCAAGGAACCUAAAAAGCCUAGAAAACCACGGGAACCCAAACCUCCUAAAGAGAAGAAGGCAAAUCCAGAUUCAUCUGCCAAAACCAAACCCAAGAAAACAAGUAAGGAACCGGGACCAACCCCAGUAGAGAAAAAAAAGAAAGGAAAGCGGAAAGCUGAUUCUUGCGAGGAGAGCCUGGAAGGAGAAAUGUCCAUGCUGAACCCUGCGUCUCAGAGCACAGAGGAAUCCACAGAGUCUCUGGACAGCCAGAAGCGCCGGUCGGGCCGGCAGGUGAAGAGAAGAAAGUAUAACGAGGACCUGGAUUUUAAAGUGGUGGAUGAUGACGGAGAAACGAUCGCAGUCUUAGGUGCUGGGAGAGCUUCUGCUUUGUCUGCGUCCACGCUUGCCUGGCAGGCUGAGGAGCCCCCUGAGGAUGACGCUAACAUAAUAGAACGGAUUCUGUCCUCAAGAAUAGUUCAGAAAGAGUUCACUCCUGGUGGGAUUCCAAUGGAGUUUGAGGAAUUCUUUGUCAAGUACAGGAAUUUCUCUUACCUUCAUUGUAAAUGGGCAACUCUGGAAGACCUGGAGAAGGAUCCAAGGAUCCAGCAGAAAAUAAAGCGGUUUCGAAACAAGCAGGCGCAAAUGAAACACAUCUUUACUGAGCCAGAUGAAGAUAUGUUUAAUCCAGACUAUGUUGAAGUGGACCGAGUUUUGGAGGUGGCUCAUACAAAAGACUCUGAUACAGGAGAGGAGGUAACACAUUACCUGGUUAAAUGGUGCUCGCUGUCUUAUGAAGAGAGUACUUGGGAGCUAGAGGAGGAUGUUGAACCAGCUAAAGUUAAAGAAUUCGAAUUACUGCAAGCUCUACCUGACUUUACUCUAAAGGAGCGCCCUGCAUCCGAGUGCUGGCAGAAACUGGAGCGAUCCCGCACAUACAAAAACAAUAACCAGCUAAGGGAGUACCAACUGGAGGGGAUGAACUGGCUGCUUUUCAAUUGGUACAACAGGAAGAACUGCAUUCUGGCUGAUGAAAUGGGCCUGGGAAAAACAAUCCAGUCUAUUACUUUCCUCUCGGAAAUCUUUUUCAUGGGCAUUCGUGGACCUUUCCUAAUUAUUGCUCCACUCUCCACCAUCACCAACUGGGAGCGUGAGUUCCGCACGUGGACUGAAAUGAACACUGUGGUGUACCAUGGAAGUCAAAUUAGUCGCCAGAUGAUACACCAAUAUGAAAUGCACUACCGGGAUUCACAGGGUGCGCCUGUUCCAGGACUCUUCAAGUUUCACGUCGUCAUCACAACAUUUGAAAUGAUUCUGGCAGACUGUCCGGAGCUGAAGAAGAUUCAGUGGAGCUGUGUUAUCAUCGAUGAAGCACACAGACUUAAGAACAGGAACUGCAAGCUUCUUGAAGGUCUUAAACUUAUGGGCCUGGAACAUAAAGUCCUUCUUACUGGCACUCCUUUGCAGAAUUCAGUUGAAGAAUUGUUCAGUCUGCUUAAUUUCCUUGAACCUGUCCAGUUUCCCUCAGAAAGCACUUUCCUGGAAGAGUUUGGGGAUCUGAAGACAGAAGAACAGGUGAAAAAGCUGCAGUCUAUAUUGAAACCAAUGAUGCUCCGGCGGCUGAAGGACGAUGUGGAGAAAAACCUGGCCCCCAAGCAAGAGACGAUCAUUGAGGUGGAGCUGACCAAUAUUCAGAAGAAGUAUUACCGUGCAAUUUUGGAGAAGAAUUUUACAUUCCUGGCCAAGGGAGCCAACCAGCACAACAUGCCCAAUCUAAUUAACACCAUGAUGGAGUUGCGGAAGUGCUGUAAUCACCCCUAUCUCAUUAAUGGUGCUGAAGAGAAGAUUUUGGAAGACUUUCGCAAGACCCACAGCCCUGAUGCCUUUGAUUUUCAGCUUCAGGCUAUGAUACAAGCAGCAGGAAAACUGGUGUUGAUUGAUAAGCUCUUACCUAAGCUCAUUGCUGGUGGGCACAAAGUUCUCGUUUUCUCUCAAAUGGUGCGCUGUUUGGACAUUCUUGAGGACUACCUCAUUCAGAGGAGAUACACGUAUGAACGCAUAGAUGGUAGAGUUAGGGGUAACCUGCGGCAAGCAGCCAUUGAUAGAUUCUGUAAGCCGGAUUCAGAUCGCUUUGUGUUCCUUCUCUGCACUCGGGCUGGAGGUCUAGGCAUCAACUUGACUGCUGCGGAUACCUGUAUUAUCUUUGAUUCUGACUGGAACCCUCAGAAUGACUUGCAGGCACAAGCUCGCUGCCAUCGAAUUGGGCAGAGCAAAGCAGUGAAAGUAUAUCGUCUCAUAACAAGGAACUCUUACGAACGGGAGAUGUUUGACAAGGCGAGCUUAAAAUUAGGCCUGGACAAGGCAGUCCUGCAAGACAUUAACAGGAAGGGGAACACCAAUGGGGUGCAGCCAUUAUCCAAAAUUGAGGUAGAGGACCUGCUCAGAAAAGGCGCUUAUGGAGCACUGAUGGAUGAAGAGGAUGAAGGCUCCAAAUUUUGCGAGGAAGAUAUUGAUCAGAUCCUCCAGCGACGUACACAAACCAUUACCAUUGAAACUGAAGGGAAAGGCUCAACAUUUGCCAAGGCUAGUUUUGUGUCUUCAGGGAACAGAACUGACAUUUCUCUGGAUGACCCUAACUUCUGGCAAAAGUGGGCAAAGAUUGCUGAGCUAGACACGGAUGCAAAUAAUGAGAAGGAAAGUCUAGUUCUCGACAGGCCUCGUGUCAGGAAGCAGACUAAACACUACAACUCCUUUGAGGAUGAUGAACUGAUGGAGUUUUCAGAACUGGAGAGUGACACAGAAGAACGUCCAACAAGAUCACGGAGGCUGAAUGACAAAACAAGGCGCUAUCUCAGGGCAGAGUGUUUCAGGGUGGAGAAAAACCUUCUUAUAUUUGGAUGGGGUCGCUGGAAGGACAUUCUAACUCUCGGACGCUUUAAAUGGCAUUUGAAUGAGAAAGAUAUGGAGAUGAUCUGUAGGGCAUUGCUGGUUUACUGUGUCAAACACUACAAGGGAGAUGAAAAGAUCAAGAGUUUCAUUUGGGACCUUAUCACUCCUACCAAGGAUGGACAGAAUCAGGCCCUCCAGAAUCACUCGGGUUUGUCUGCUCCUGUUCCACGUGGGAGGAAAGGGAAGAAAAUGAAGAAUCAGAUGCUUCUGCCGGAAAUAAAAAAUGCAGACUGGCUCGCCAGCUGUAAUCCUGAGAUUGUUCUUCAUGACGAUAGCUAUAAAAAACACCUCAAACAACACUGCAACAAGGUCCUCCUUCGGGUACGAAUGCUUUAUUACUUGAAAGCUGAAGUAUUGGGAGAAGCUGCAGCCAAGGCUUUGGAAGGCGUAAAUGCCCGAGAGCUGGACGUCUUGUUGCCUGACAUAGAUUAUGUUGAGAUUCCAGUGGAAUGGUGGGAUGCUGAAGCUGAUAAAUCACUCCUGGUUGGCGUUUACAAACAUGGUUAUGAACGAUACUGUGCCAUGAGGGCUGAUCCAGCUCUCUGUUUUUUGGAAAAGGUGGGAAUGCCAGAUGAGACAUCGUUGUCGGCUGAUGGCGUUAAUGAUGCUGCUCCAGAUCUUGUGGAAAGCAACAAUGCUGUAAAGGAGGAGAAUACUGAAGAUAAACUGGGUGUGCAGCCUGAGGAGAAGCCGAUUCCCAACGUAGACAAUACAGAGCAGCAGGAUGAGGAGAUCAAUACAGCCCAGGAUAGCCCUGAGUCAGACAGAUUAAGCUGGCCUGUAGCUUCGGCUCUCACAGCAAGAUUGCGCAGGCUUAUCACAGUAUAUCAGCGCUGUAACCGCAAGGAACUAGCACGGCCAGAGGUUUUGGUGCCUUCCAACCACAGUUACUGGCUUCAGGAAGAGAUGAUCAGAAGGGCUGAAAUGGAUCCCAUCAUUAAGGAAAUGCAGAAAAGAUGGACAAGGAGAGAGCAGGCAGACUUCUACAGAACAGUUUCCUCUUUCGGAGUGAUCUACGACCCAGAAAAGAAGUGCUUUGACUGGACUCAAUUCCGAGCCUUAUCUCGUCUGGAUAAAAAGACAGAUGAAAGCUUGGAGAAGUACUUCCACAGCUUUGUUGCCAUGUGCAGGAAUGUCUGCCGGCUCCCGCUCAGAAAGGAUGAUGGUUCAGCUGAUCCAUCCCUGUUUUUGGAUCCCAUAACAGAAGAACGAGCAGCAAGGACUUUAUACCGCAUCGAACUCCUUAGAAAAGUCAGGGAGCAAGUACUAAGACAUCCACAACUUCAUGAGCGUCUCAAGCUAUGCCGACCCAGUCUUUACCUUCCUGUGUGGUGGGAAUGUGGCAAACACGAUCGGGAUUUGUUGAUCGGCACCGCUAAGCAUGGGCUGAGCCGUACAGAUUACUAUAUCAUGAACGACCCUCAACUGACCUUUCUAGAUGCUUAUCGUAACUACUCCCAGCAUAAAAGAAAUGGAGGGGAGAGCAUGUGUUGCCAUUACCAAAUGAACUCCAAAAUGUAUGAACCUACUGCUUGCCAUUUGGAAAGUGCAUGUGACUCUAAUAAGCUAGAAACUGAAAACAAGAUUAAAAUAGAAGUUACAGAGGAACCUAUUCCUAGCCGAACCAGCAGUCCACAGGACUUAUCUUGUGACAAUUUUAUCUCUCAAGUCGGAGAUAUAAUUUCCAGUAACCAUGAUGAGUGUUCUUUGCCCGAGUCUCUCAUGUGCAUGAUGUAUGAUGAGAAGACAUGUAACAGUGGGCUUAUUGAUGCUAACACUAGUGAACAGAGUCCUCUUACACAGGAUACCUUUUUGGGUUUGAAUGUAAAGCACGAGCCAGCUGAUUAUUCAUUGGGUAAAUCAAAAGAAGGGAACUUGAUGCCUGUUAGGGAAUCAGCAACUGGAGAUUGUUUUCUUGGAAGCCAAGAUCAGGAUUGUGAUGAGCCAAUUGGAUUGCCAGGUAACCGAAUAAAUGAACCAUUUGAUGCCACUGAAGGUCACCUUGAUUUACCAACAGAAGAAGAUGAGCAACCAUCAACAGAUGUGAUUGGACAGAGAAACGCUGGUGUUUUGAAUGAUGAUCAUUUUUGUACAUCUCUUGUUCAAUCUGCUGAGCAGUCCUUGGCUUUAGAUUUGGAAUUUCUUGACAAAACCUUUGCAGAUCACUCAGCACUCAGUCCUAAUAUCAGUGAAGUCAAGGAUUGCAGUCCUAUAUGUGACGGACCUGGAAGUCCAAGUUGCAGUGAAUUACCAAUAGAAGAGAAAGAAGAAUGGGGGGCUGAGCUCCAGGAAAUUAAAGAGGAUCCCAUUGUAAAAUGGCAUAAAGAGUUAAAUGACAUGAAAGAAAGUCCACUGGAGGGCAGACUUGAAGAAGAGCAAGUACAAGAUUUCUGCACGCAGAAGGAUUCCUUAAUGUCUGUCGAAAGUCAACAUGUUCAGCUGCUUAAUGACAAAGACCCUUUGGAUUUGAAACAGAAAACUGGCCACAUGCUUUCAGGUCUCUUGAAGAGCAGCUCUGUAGACUUGAAAGAAAGAGACUCUGAAGAUAAUCUAGCAAUGGAGUCCAAAUGUUCUUUUGAGGAGAAUGAAAAAGUGAAAGAGGAGGAGUGUGAGAUCAAGAAGGAGAGUCUGGAAGAGGAGUGCAGCUGUAAAGAGUUUCUUGACAAAUACUCAGAAGAGGAUGUUAAACACUGCACAAUAGCUGGUCCCAGGGACGUGGUGCAGGAUUUCCAGGACGGUCGAGCUCCUACCAUCGCACAGCUACUACAGGAGAAAACUCUCUAUUCCUUCUCUGAAUGGCCCAAGGAUCGAGUGAUCAUAAACCGGAUAGAUAACAUCUGUCACGCAGUGUUGAAAGGAAAGUGGCCGUCAUCCAGCCAGCAGUUUGAAGCACAGUGCAUGGUGCCAUCAUCUGUGUUGAACAGUAACUUGUGUACAAGGAACAGCUACACUGCUUCAGAAGCACAAAACGCAACCUUCAGCAACGGUGCCCCUGCUUCACAUGCUCAAAAGGAUGCUUUAGCAGCUACCUCCUUUUCCAGUGAUGAAAGGAAACUUCGAAGACCAUAUGAAUUUGAGGGCAGUAGGGCGGAUAAUAAACAUAGGGGCCUGGAGCAUCUCAAUGUGUCUCAUGGGCAUAACUCUACAACACUAAAUGGCUGGCGGGAGACUGCAAUGGAGCUUUGUAGAGAACAGGCUGCAAGUGGUAGCUCUUCUUACUCCAUGAACACCAGCACACCCAAAAUGUCUAGUAUGACUGGGUUACAGAGUUCCUUGGGAAUGGACUUGUCUGGAAUCCUACAAGCUGGGCUGAUCCACCCCGUGACAGGGCAGAUUGUCAAUGGGAACUUACGUCGAGAAGAAUCCACCCUUCGAAGGAGGAGAGGUAGAAGAAAAAAUGUUGAAGGAAUGGAUCUUGUUUUCUUGAAGGAUCGGGGGAUGCACGCUGGAAUACUGGGAUUGCGAGAGGAAUCUGGCCAACCAGGCUCCGCGCAAACCGAAGGCUCUGUUCCAGCAUCCCCUCAAUUACCAUCCACAGGCACUAAACUACAAUCAGAGAAGGUGAUCCCCAACAAAAGUCUACUAGAGUGGUUGCGACAACAGUCUGACUGUACCAUAGACAUACCAACUUAUGGAGGUAGUUUUUCAGAGAAGCCAAAACAGAGGCGUCAGCGUUGCAAGGACCCUCACAAACUGGAUGUUAACAUGCUGACUGGAGAAGAGAGGGUGCCUGUUGUAAAUAAGGACACCGGACACAAGGGUUUUCUUCCCGAAAGCAAGUUUGGGAGGGUUUUAUCAGAGCCUAUUCUACGUGAUACUGGACCUAGAAGGAGAGGAAGGCGUCCUCGAAGUGAACUGAUAAAGACACCUGGAGCUGUAGGGUCUGACACUCCCUCUGGCAUGAGUCCACUAUUCAUGAAUGGCUUAAUAGCUGGAAUGGAUAUAGUUGGGCUUCAAAACAUGAGAAAUAUGCAGGGAAUCCCAUUAACUGGUCUGGUCGGGUUUCCAGCAGGAUUCACAACUGUGUCUGCUAAUGAGGAUGUGAAAAAUACAUUGAGCAUGUUACCCAUGAUGCUCCCUGGCAUGGCAACCAUGCCCCAGAUGUUUGGUGUUGGGGGGAUCAUCAACUCUCCAGUUUCAUCGUCUGUGCCAACGUCACUAGGAAGCACAAUAAAAAGUGGAUCUUCCCACACAGAGAAAGCCACUGAGGACAAAGACAUCUGCCAAGAAACUCAACGAGACACUGCACCAUCAGAGAAAGUUACGGGUGCCUCCUUUCAGGAUCAAUCAGAACCUGCAGUGACUACCAGCAGCUCUGUAGCAUUCAACCCAUUCCUUAUCCCAGGCAUGUCUCCAAGUCUGCUGUACCCUUCUAUGUUUCUGUCUCCUGGCAUUGGCAUGGCAAUACCAGGGGUCCAGCCCAAUCGCCUGUCAGAGGCAGGUGGCCUUGAUCCCCAGCGGAGGAAGAGAAAGAAGGCAAAAGGGGACUCCCAGGCCUCUGAGACAGAGACUGUGCCCUUUACAGAAGGCACAGACCAGGAACAAGUGUCACCUAGUGGCCAGAACUGUACAGGUAAAACUGAAACACAGGCAUCAGAAAAAGAGGAGGAUGAUUCUGCUUUAAGAAAGACUCCGGACCAUACCAAUUAGAACUUGUCCUCCAAAAAGUUCUCUCUCCCAUGGAUGUUUCUAGCUCUGCCAGAUCCCUGGGUUGUCAGUCAGUAAAAUCAAAACUGUUCUGUUUUACCACUGGUGUGUCUGGAAAAGCUUGACAAAACUAUGAUAUGUAGCUAGAAUGGGAAAGCUGAAAUACAUCUGAGUUAUUUUCUUUUUCUUUAUUAUUGGAUUGUUUUCUGUCAUUCCAAUAGGUAUAAAAGCAAAACAAGUCUU